AUGGCUUCAUUCGGCGACGCGACCAUGCCCUCGACACGGCGCACGCGGAAGUCCAUCGGAGCGCCCACAUCGUCGAGGAAGGUUUCUGAUAAAGAGAAUGCGACAAUCGACGUGGGCAGUACUCUCGCGGAGAGUCGCAAAAAAUCGCGAAGCAAGAGCAUAGGCCCUGGCGGCUUGGACGCCCUUAAAAAUGCAAAUGGCAACCGUAGAGCAUCACUGGCUGUACCUUCACGACCCCCGCCACGAUCGAUUCUGAAGCCCACGGUGCCGCUUCUGCCCGAAAUUCCACCGCACCGGAAGCGCACUGCAGACCUCAUCGACCUGGGACCGCCCCGGUCUAGUACCCCUACAAACACUUCCAUCGCCAGUGAUGUCGUUGGAUCUGGGUCAAAGAUUGCCCUGCGCACAGAGGAAGAGCAGCAGGCUGCAGCUAGAGAACGCGAAGAACGAGAGCGCAGAGAUGCUAGGCGUAAGUCCCUUGCCAACCGUAGGGUGUCAUUCGCCGCCGAGGCGACACUCCACACCUUUCACGAGAUCGAAUACAUGCAAGACUCAACAUCGUCAACCGACUCGACGCGGCGUGCAUCACGCGCAAAUGAUCAGGGAUCCGAUCGACCAUCGACACCGCAAGAGCAACCGGAGGAAAUCGUUCCCCAGUCGCCAGAGAACCAGCGAGAGCUGCACCAGAAGAAGCGCAGACGUAGCUCUACCGCCAAUUUAAUGGAGUUCACAGACCAUGACGACAAUACGGCCGCAUCUGGCUUCAGUUCGGACUCUGAGCCAGCUGACGCGGUCGAAGAAGUGGAUGAAGACGAGGAGGUUGAGUCUGACUCCAACAGCGAUUCAGACGACGAAGGAACGAUGAUGACGAUCGACGAGCACGAGGUUACUGGUGCUUCCGUCAUGUCUGGUCGUACGGUCGCCUCUGAUGACGAGAACGAUACUCUGGAUGAAGCCCUGCGGAUGGCUGCACGUCAAGCAGGAACACAGCGUCUCGGCUCUGAUGAUGAAGAGGAGGAGGAGGAAGUCAUCCCCUCAUUUGGCUGGAUUAAAAAGAGCAAACCUCAAUACGGGUCAUCUGAAGACCAAGAGAACGAACCCCUACCACCUCCUGUUCGGAAAAGCCCUCUUGAGGACGAAGAUGAUGGCGACAUGGACAUGGAUAUGGAUAUCACCAACGUGGUGGGAGGCAUCCUCAAUGACAAGACGUCUCAAAGUGUUGCCGACCCUAACGAGGACAUGACUAUGGAUGUAACACGCGCUAUCGGCGGCAUCCUUUCUCAAGUCAACAAGCAACAAUUUACCUCAGCAAGCCAGGAUGAUCAAACCAUGGAGUUCACUACGGCCGUUGGUGGUAUUCAACAGCCUAACCCCAACAAUACCUUGUUUGAUGAGAACGACGAUGAAGAUAUGUCAAUGGAGUUCACAACUGCCAUAGGUGGUCUCCUCCCCUCACAAGCCAAAAGGGAUAGGACUCAGAAGCGUCGCAGGACGGUCAAUGCUCGUGAAGACUCUGUAAUGGAAGAAUCAACAAUGGAUAUGGACAUGACCGUCGGCGUUGGCAAAAUUCUCCCCGUAGGAGAUAAGACAAUCCAUGGCGAGGAUGCGACCAUGGGCAUGGACAUGACGGUUGGAAUCGGCAAUAUCCUGUCGUCACCAGACAAGCCGAUGGAAGAGGAUGAUGUCACGGGGGGCAUGGAAAUGACCAUCGGCGUUGGAAAGAUUCUUGGUGCUGGGGCAGAUUCCCCAGAGCGAGACGAAGUAACCAUGGGCAUGGACAUGACUAUGGGUGUAGGCCGCAUCUUGUCUAACACCCAGGCGCCGGAUGCAGAGGAUGCUACCAUGGGCAUGGAUAUGACGAUGGCUGUUGGAGGUAUCCUCAGGGCACCACAAUCUCCAGAGGCUCGCAUGGCGGCGAAGAAGCUCAUGGAAGAGGAGGUGGACAAGCCGGAUACACCCUCCAAGGGAAUGUCCACCAAGCCACAAUCACCUGCAAAGAAGCUGGCUGCGUCAGUGAAGAAACACUCGCCUGCAAAGUCAGACACCGGCGGCAGCCCUGCUUUCAACCCUUUCCAGGGCAGAAGUCUUCGCAACAGCAUGCCUCGUGCAGACAUCUUUAGUGAGUCUCCAGCCAGGAGCACUCGGACACCUAGCCCUCCAAAGUCGACAGCACCGCCUCCAGUUGUCUCUACUCCGUUGGACAGCUCGCCAGUCAAGACUCCUCAAUCGACCAAGAAACGAGGCCGUCCCAAGUCGCCUCCAAAAUCGCCACCCAAGUCUACUCCCAAGUCACCCGUGCGGAAGCUUGCAACGCCCUCUUCUGAAAAGACCGGAAAUCGCUUGAAUGUCUUUCAGCAAGAUCCUACCACUGGUGCAAGGACACCUACAGUCGUUCUCACCCCACAGCCACGCAGACACUCUGGUGUAGGCGCCGACAAGCCUGGCUUGGGGUCGCCCCGCGUCGCCGCCAUUCUGGAUCGUAGAGGAUCACUCGGCGAAGCCGCUCAGGAGUUCGUUCCUGGAAAAGCGCGUGGAAUCACCUUCGCCGAUCCGAAGGUCAUAGAGUAUGAAAUAGAUCAAGACCGUCAGGAGGAGGAAGACAAAGAAAAUGGACGAAGGAUCAUGGAGCGGGAAGCAGAUGGUGAGAAUGAGAAGGACGCUACUCUUAACUUGAGAGAGAUGAUCGACAGUUUGAGUCCGAAAAAGAAGCGCCUGCAAGGCCGCAAGAGUCUCCAUGUCGGAAGUGCUAAAGGCCUACUCGGAAAGCGACCUGCCGAGCUUGAUGAUGAAGUGGAUGGCGAGGAUAACGAUGGCGUGAAGAGGCUCAAAGGACACCAAGGCAGCCCCGUCAAGAACGUCAAGCUGCAGCAGCCGCCCAGUAAGGCAGAGACUACUGGCCGCAGAUUGACACGUUCAUCUCAACGGUUCAUGGAGGAAAGCUCUACGCCUAAGGCAACCCCGACCCAUUCCGAAUCACCAUUGAAGAGUGGAAGCACAGCAAAGUCUCCUCACGGACAAGGCCGAUUCCGAGAUGUUGCGGACGAUACUGUUUCCCACACGAUGAACCUCGAUGGCUCGCCUGCUAGGGACGAUGCUGAGCUUAUGAACGAACAGCCAGAGGAACGAAUUCACCUUCAGGACUUCCUCAACAUGACAUCUAUUCGUUUUAUGGAGUUGACAACUACAAAGAGGCGACACACUCAAGCCCCGGAUAUGUUCAAAGAUAUGGGAGGCAAAGAAGACAUGUCACUUGAGCGCUGCGUUAUCGCUGGAGCUUGCACAGUGCCUAUGCUCGAGUUAUACCAGCACUCCUGUCGGGAGCUGAAGAAGUAUAUUUCUGAAGGUCGCAGAAUUGUUCGCGAAAUCGAAUCUGAGACCUUUGAGGAGAACCCGCCUCUGUUUAGGGAAUACAUGUCGGCAUCGGCCGACUUCAAGAACAUCCUCGAUAACCAGUUCAAGAACGGCAAGACCCAUGCGCGCCUCGAGAGCAAGGCCAUGUGGUAUGAGUGGCGUAUGAAACUUCAGGAAGGCCUAAGAGAGGGUCUCGUCAGGAUUGCCGAGGGCAUGGACUCUGACGAGAAGCUCCUUGCACAGCAACAAAAGCUCCUUUCUUCUGUUCUUCCUGGAAUUGUAUCGCGAUUCGCUGAACUCGAGCAAGAGCAUGGAAAUCUAAAGGCUGCUGCUGAUGAACUUGCUGACUGCGACCCCGAAGAGCUUGAGAUUGCGCGGUCUGAUUUGGCUGAGGUCGAAAGGGAUGUUCAAGAGAAGACUCAACGUAUUGCCGAACUUCGACAAGAGCUCGAAGAUGCGGAGCGUGGCAUCGAGGCACUUACACAAGAGAAGCAGCAGUGCUACGAGGAUAUCAAGGAAGCGGAGAAGAUUCGCGAGGAAUGCCGAGGCUGGUCCACGAGCGAGAUCAGUGCACUCAAAGACCGAGUGGAUGCCUUGGAGAAACAGCACGGUUGGGCUGUCACCGGAGUGUCAGGAAGCCAGAUUUCGAUGACCUACCGCCGUGAGAUUGAGUUGGUGUUUGACAUCACAUCUUUCCAGCCCAGAAAGAAGAAUUCGCGGAUUGACCUGUGGUAUAUUGCCGCCAACCGCGAGAACCAUCCUGUGCCGUCAACACCGGAAAAGGAAUUCUUCUUACAGUGUAUUCGGGACCACGUUCGUGCACUACAGCAGAGCCGCACUAAAAUUGCGGAUCUCCUCCACAUGGUUCGCACUGCGUGGGACAAGGCUAAUUCCACCUCCACCCACGUCCGGCAGCUCAACAUCACAUUCCCCACAACUGUCAACCGGACUUCAGAUUCGUCUGUUGCUGUCAAAUCGUCACUUCUCCUAGCACCCCUGGAGACUAAGGUGGAAAUUGCUCUUGAGAUUCAAGGCGUCAGCAAGCCCGAUGGGGUCGAAUUCUCACUUCAUCCUGAGGCAACGGUUGUGUAUGGAGAACACUUCAACACCGGCAAAAUUGCCGAGUUUUUAUUAACUCACUUGGGUGACAAUGCCUUUUCCCAAGAUGAAGGAACACCGUCUUGGAGCGAUGUCGUGGUAAACCUUCAUGAGAGACUUUUGGCAAGGGGGAGGAAACAGUAG